UCCGUACCGUCCCGAUCCGUGCCCACCCCUAAUAUUUGGUGGUUUUCUUGAAAUAUUUGUCAUUUUUGGCAAUUUUUACUUUUUUGUAACUCCAUCUGCCCAUCAUAAUAGACUCAUAGUUCAUUUUAGCCUGCACAUUACACUGUCUAGGAACCCCCCAUCACUAUUUCAUUUUAGAAGUUUUAGCUCAGGGCAGCAUAACUAUAUCCCGUAUUUCGCCAUGUCUUCAACCGUGGACCAACUUGAAUCAAAAAAUGGAUCGCCGGAAACACCGCCGUCUCCGCCACUCGACAUUGAUUUGAAACCGGCAGCACCACCAGUCCUGCAGCCGGAGUCGGACGACGCCACUACUCAACCAACGGGAUCUCCACCAGCUGGUGCGGAGGAUCCGGAAUCUCCCGGGGCAAAAGACAAUGGGAUACCUGGAAAAGUUGAACCAGCCAAUUUGGAGCCUUCCAAUUUAUCGAUCCAGUCGAAUGAACCAGCGAAUGGUUCCGAUCCCAACUCCAAUGACUCUGAAGAUCGUGCUGUCCAAUCUAAUGGAGCCGAGAACAUUCCGGGACUUCGAAAAGAUGAAGGUAGCCGAACUUUCACGAUGAGAGAAUUGUUGAAUGAAUUGAGGAAUGGAGGUGAAGAUUCCGAAACGCGCGAAGCUGACACUCCUUACAGUCAGGAAAGCAGUCGAACUGAUCACACUGAUGCUGCCUUGGAGCUGAUCAACAAUGUCACAGGUGCUGAUGAGGAGGGCCGGUCUCGCCAACAAAUCCUUACAUAUGCUGCUCGGAGGUAUGCAAGUGCACUAGACCGAAAUCCAGAAGAUUAUGAUGCACUUUACAAUUGGGCACUAGUUCUUCAGGAAAGUGCGGACAAUGUUGACCCAGAUUCCAGUUCACCUUCAAAAGAUGCUUUGUUAGAAGAGGCAUGUAAAAAAUAUGAGGAGGCAACACGGCUUUGCCCUACCCUGAAUGAUGCUUAUUAUAAUUGGGCUAUAGCAAUCUCGGAUAGAGCAAAAAUGCGUGGUCGAACAAAAGAAGCAGAAGAAUUUUGGAAACAGGUCCAGAUUUUUUGCUCUAUUAUGGAAUGAUUGUGUAUUCUUUUUUUGAACAGUAAGGGAUGGGGCAACCACGAGGGAGAAAAGGACAAAAUUAGCCAGUCUCCCCAAUUCUUCGGGCAACUGCAUCCCGCGUCAUGCCUCUCAGAUAAUCUUCUUCACUUCCGUGGGGCAAGGGUAUUCUUUAGUUGUUUGGUUGUAUUUUAUAAAACAAUUCCUCCUAUGCCAUAACCACAUAUUAUUUAAUUUUUUAACCUCUCUAGAAAAAAACAAAUCAUUUAAAAUGUAUACACCAAGAAACCCAGUUUAUUCUCACAAGUGGGGUUUGGAGAGGAUAGGAUGCACAAUUACGCAGACCUUACCUUUACCCGUAGAGGAUGGACAGAUAGCUUCCGAAAGACCAUCGGUUCAAAAGGAUAUUUAAACUGUAUGAUAUUGAGAUUUUUGAAUUUUAAUCAGUUUACUGGUGAGUUUUCUAUACAUAGUCCAUGCAGAUGAUCAAACUAGUUGUGGUGCACAUCUUGUUAGUCUUUUGUACUUUUGUGUUCAGUUAACAUUAUGAUUAUUUUUAAACUUUUUGAGCAACAGAAAAGCUUUAAACAAAGUUGAACAAUAUCUGAUCCAUGCACCUUCACUUUUUCAGGCAACUAAAAACUAUGAAAAUGCUGUCAAGCUCAAUUGGAACAGUCCACAGGCACUCAACAACUGGGGACUCGCUCUGCAGGAACUUAGUUCAAUUGUCCCUGCUCGAGAAAAGCAAACAAUAGUGAAGACUGCAAUCAGCAAGUUUCGUGCAGCGAUUCAACUCCAGUUUGAUUUCCAUAGGGCAAUUUACAAUCUGGGGACUGUUCUGUAUGGACUAGCAGAAGAUAUGUCUAGAACAGGAGGAGCCAUAAGUUCUAAGGAUGUUCCCGCAAAUGAGUUGUACAGUCAGUCUGCAAUUUAUAUUGCUGCUGCACAUGCACUCAAACCAAAUUACUAUGUUUACAUAAGCGCUCUGAAACUCGUCCGUUCCAUGCUGCCUCUACCCUAUCUUAAGGUCGGAUAUCUUGCUGCACCACCUGCUGGAAAUCCACUUGCGCCACACAGUGAUUGGAAGCGUUCUCAAUUUGUUUUGAAUCAUGAAGGCUUACACGAGAUUAGUAAAGUUGAUCAAAGACGAAGUCUGUCCUCAAAUCCCGUGGAUAGCACGAAUUCUAGCAGGCAAGCAAUCAAAGUUGAUGUGCCAGAUAUUGUCUCCGUGUUAGCAUGUGCUGAUCUAACAUUACCACCUGGGGCGGGCCUUUGCAUUAACACAAUUCAUGGACCUGUCUACAUGAUUGCUGAUUCAUGGGAAGCCUUAGACUGGUGGCUCGAUGCAAUUCGUUUAGCUUACACGAUUUAUGCUCGGGGAAAGAGUGAAGUUUUGGCAGGUAUCAUCACAGGCUAGUUUUGUGUAGGAAAGAUGCCUGAAUUUAUGAACUCGGCUCAAGUACAUGUACAUUAUUUGGCCUUUCACAUUUAUGUGAUGGGUGUAGUUUAUAGAAUUAGAUAUACUUCGAGUUCACAAGUCAAAAAAACUUGAAAUUAUCCCCCCCCCCCUUUACUCUGUAUUUUAUUAUCUUCAUUGAUUUGUAGAGUUCUUUGACUUUUGGGGCAUAUCUCAACGCUGCAUGAAAUCAUGAACU